UUGCUGCAGUCUGCAUCUGCAGCGCUGCAAUACUCUAGGUAGCAGUAUAUCAACAAUUUAUUCAGUUCAUGUUUUGACUUUUGACUGAAGAAAAUAUAACUCACAAAACAGCUUAUGAAAUCAAAUUUUUCAAAAAAGUUCUUUGAAAAUAUUUAUGAUAGAAUCAAUUCAAUAUUUAUUCGAUAGUAGAGGUUUUGUUUAUUUAAUAGUAUUGUCAUAAGGUAUGGCGAAUCAUUACGACGUUCCAAAAUGGGCAGGCAAGCCUCCUGUUGGAUUUCACUUGGAUGUAAUGAAAGGAGACAAAUUAAUCCAAAAAUUGAUGUUGGAUGAGAAGAAAUGCUAUCUAUUUGGUCGAAAUCCUCAAAUGUGUGAUUUUUGCGUUGACCAUCAGUCCUGUUCGAGAGUCCAUGCUGCAUUGGUCUAUCACAAAGUCUUGAACCGCACAUUCCUUGUUGAUCUUGGAAGCACGCACGGUACAUUCAUAAGCACACUGCGCAUUGAGCCCCACAAACCAACACAAUUGCCUCUCGACAGCGUAUUCAGUUUUGGCGCUUCAACGCGAAGCUACAUAAUCAGGGAGCGACCUCAGACAGCUGCCAGGCCGAUAAUCGAGGAAAUCGAAAAGAAUUCCAAAGAUACGUCUGAGGGAAUUCUUCUGGGAUUACCGGAGACUGAAACUGAGCUGGAUAAUCUAACAGAGUUCAACACGGCACACAACCGGCGCAUAUCAAUGCUUGGCAUCGACGAUAACAAUGAGACCAACAAAAUUGGAAGACAGUCGGGAAAAAGGAAAAACCGCUACGUGACAAUCAACGAGGAAGAGGAAAUUAUUAAUCCUGAGGACACGGACCCAUCGAUUGGCCGAUUCAGAAACCUCGUGCACACCACUGUUGUUCCCACCAAGAGGGUGAAGAUGGAAAGUGUAAGCAGUGAAGUGAAACAGAUAAAGUCGCCACUCGGCAAAAGUUUGGCCCACUCUUCAGCCAACAGUCUAUAUUCGGACCUACCAGGUUCGGACAUGCAUCCAACGAACGGGUCUCUUCUGUUCUCAUCCAAGUUGGCUUCUUCUCUAGGACUAGUUCUGCCCAAUCCGGCGCCAGACAUUGAAAUGACGCCAACCUCAGUCGCUCCUUCGCAGGAUAUGAUCGUUGAUUCCAAUGUGUCAAGUGAAAAAGAAAUUGGAACCUCAGAACCCAAAAAGAAGAAAUACGCCAAGGAAGCAUGGCCCAGGAAAAAACCAGUGCCGGCUCUGCUUGUUUGAAGUAUUUCAAAGUAUCUAAUCAAUUUGAAAUAUUUAAUCCCAGGGACUGUUUAAACUUGUACAGACUUUCGCUCUGCUCUCUCCAUAGUCUCUCAAUCGAAUGUCACUCGAGCAGAUCGAUUAAUUAUCGACCGGGGAGCAAGAGUGGAACGCGAGAGUGUAACAGUUCAUGAUCGGAGCGAUUGCGGAGCGUGUUGGAGGCGCAUAUAUCUGUAUGCACCUUUAUAGAAACUAAGUACUGUGUAAUAUAGGGAAAAGUCCACCACACACACUAGACAUGGGAAUCUGUCACUUGAUUCAACUGUACUAGUGAGGUCCACGUUAUAAUGGCAGUAGAGAAAAAUAGGCGAAAGACAUUGCCGAUCCUCUGUCUUGUCAAUGCCUUCUGUAGACGGUACCUGAUACAGGUUUAUUGAUGUAAUAUUAACGGUUCGUUCUCGUUUAAAAUAAUCAAUUAUAAUUUAUUGAGCAAGAAAUAAUAUUUUUCAAUAAUUUUCAUAAUUGAGAUGAAAUAUUUUGUUAAUUAUUUAUUAAUUCUUCAUUUUUAAAAGACGAUCUGGCAACAGAGCAAUGCGAGAAAGAGAUAACACUAUCCGGUUUGUUGAAUGAUAGACAAGGAUAGCAAUUAAUACCAUUGCUAAUCAAACACUGCCAUUAUAACGUGGACCUCACUAUAUCCAUUUAGUGUGUGGAGACUUUUCAUUUAUUUCUAUUAGACAGGCCCCUUGUAUAAUAAUUUGCCAGACCUCCGUAAAAAUGUACAAGAUCUAAAUAUUGAAACUAGUCCAAGUUUUCCCCCCACUCAAGACUUAUUAAGUCUGAGAAAUGAGGAAUCAAUAUUCACUUUUUGUGUAGUUGAGAAGUUAAUAUUGUGGUAAUUGAAGUUGAUAUUGUGGUAAUUAUUCAUAUUGACUGAAAAAGACUAAGAAAUUGUCAAAAACCACAGAUUUAUUGAUACUUAGAAAGACCGGUUUCGGUUAUUACACCAUUGUCAAUCUCUGAUAAAACUGAGUUUAUUGAUCUUUCUAAGUAGGUAUCAAUAAAUCUGUGGUUUUUGACAAUUUCUUAGUCUUUUUCAUUCAAUCAAUAUUCAUGCAAAACUUACGCUGGUUGUCAAGAUAACGUAUAGUCUGUGCAAACCUUAGUUUGCAGCAUUGCUCUUAUGGAGUACAGCGCUGCCAGAUUUCACAGAAUCCAGAGAGCCUAUAACCUAAUUAUUGUGUGAGAGAAAGAACAAAAAAGAGACUGUAGGCCUUUCUGAUAUAAUCAGCAUAAAAACGGCAACAGUGUGCUCCUAUUGUUAAAUUGAAAUGACAUUGACCACGUGAUGCAAAUUAAGGUGUGUACAGACCAUACUACAUUUUUUAUUUUAUUGAAAACUCUUUUUGCGUUAAUUACUCUACUGGACUUGGAGUAACGUGGCCUACUGUAGAUGAAACUUGAAAAAUAAAUUUUAUAUGUAGGAUCCUAAAAUAACUAUUAUCUUACAAGCAUUUGUUAUUUUCAAGUAUUACAGUUUUGGCGCUUUUCUCUAUUAAGAGGCUCAGGGUUUACUUCAGACCUAAAAAUCUCACCUCAUAGUUUUCAACUUAGAAAAUAGAUUAUGUAACUUAUGUAAAGAUAUUGAACAAGAAUGAAUGAUUGCAAUAAAUAGUAUAAACUCUUUAAUAAAUAAUAACAUGAUUUUAGUGUUUAUUUUUAUAGAAAGAGUAAAAAUGAAACAAAUACAUGCAUAUUUUCUAAUUCAUACAAAAAUAAUUCUUUACUUGAAAUUGAAAAUUUCAUACAUCAUCGUCAACCUUUGUAAGAUUUUUCAUUCUAAUGUUUUCGUUUCUCAAAAGAGCGUGAGUUUCACUCAGGACACACAUGGCUUGUUUCAUUUCCAAUAGCUUUUUCUC